CACCUGUUCUUCCAUUCACGUCUCUUCUCCUAAGAAUCAGAAACCUCUUCACCAUUAUCAAUGGCUCCCACAAAGGCCGAGAAGAAACCAGCAGAAAAAAAGCCUGCGGAGAAAUCACCAGCAGAGAAGAAGCCAAAGGCAGAGAAGAAGAUAUCGAAGGAAGGAGGAAGCGACAAAAAAAAGAAGAGGGUGAAGAAGAGCAGCGAGACCUACAAGAUUUAUAUAUUCAAGGUGUUGAAGCAGGUUCACCCUGACAUCGGAAUUUCCAGCAAAGCCAUGGGAAUCAUGAACAGUUUCAUAAACGACAUCUUCGAGAAGCUCGCUCAGGAGGCCUCGCGCUUGGCCAGGUAUAACAAGAAACCAACCAUCACGUCUCGGGAGAUCCAAACGGCAGUGCGUUUGGUUCUCCCUGGUGAGUUGGCCAAGCACGCCGUCUCCGAAGGCACUAAGGCCGUCACGAAAUUCACCAGUUCUUGAUUCGUUCGCUUUUGUAUUUUUCGAUUAGGGUUUUUUAACCCGGUUUUUUUUCAUUUAAUUAGUAGUUAGGGUUCUUAAUUUACUUAGAGGAUGUAGAUGUAUAAUUGAAGUUUUAAUUUGAAUAAUGU